CUGGUAUCUGAGGAAAUGUCUGCCGAUUCCAUACCAGCCACUGUUGAAACCAUUACCGCAGCCGUUGCAGCUGUAGCUAUCUCCCCCUCAGUUUCCGGCCAAUCUGUUGAUGAAGUGGCCAACGACUCCUCUUCUCAAGCCCAAGUCGUCACUCCAUGGAAAGUGGAGGGCUCAGUCUCGGCCGAUGGAAAACAACAAGCCAUCGAUUACGAUAAACUAAUAGAGCAAUUUGGGACGCGCAGAGUCGACCAAGCCCUUCUGGAGCGGUUUGAGAAACUAACUGGGCAUCGGCCACACGUAUUUCUCCGUCGAGGGAUGUUCUUUUCACACCGUGAAUUCGACAAAAUUCUUGAUCGGUAUGAGCAGGGAAAGCCCUUCUUUCUUUACACUGGUCGCGGCCCAAGUAGCGACAGUAUGCAUCUGGGCCAUAUGAUACCAUUCGUCUUCACAAAAUGGUUGCAAGACGUAUUUGAUGUCCCAUUGGUCGUACAACUUACGGAUGAUGAGAAAUUCCUCUUCAAACACGAGCUCAAAGUUGAUCAGGUCAAGAAAUUUGCGCGACAGAAUGCCCGCGAUAUCAUUGCUGUCGGCUUCAACCUCGAGAAGACGUUCAUCUUCAGCAACUACGACUAUGUCGGUGGACCGUUUUACGAGAAUGUUUCCAAAAUUUCCCGUCAAAUCACAUAUAACCAGGCUAAAGCAACCUUUGGGUUCAACGACUCGGAUAACAUCGGAAAAAUCCAUUUUGCGUCCAUCCAAGCUGCACCGUCAUUUUCCAACUCAUUCCCACAAAUAUUUGGCACGGUGUCGAACAUCCCCUGCUUAAUUCCCUGCGCGAUUGACCAGGAUCCAUACUUCCGUCUCACUCGCGAUGUGGCAGUGAAGCUCAAGUAUCCAAAACCGACGCUUCUCCACGCCAAAUUUUUCCCUGCGCUGCAAGGCCCGCAAACCAAGAUGAGCGCUAGCGAUCCAAAUAGCAGCAUUUAUAUGACCGACACUGCUGCUCAACUGAAGAAUAAAAUCAGCAAGCAUGGUUUCUCUGGCGGGCAGGAGACCGUAGAGGAACAUCGUAGACUGGGCGGAGAUACCGAGGUCGAUGUUAGUUACCAAUACUUGUCUUUCUUCCUCGACGACGACGCGGAAUUAGAAAAACUAGGAUCAGAUUACCGGUCGGGCGAGUUGUUAACUGGGCAGUUGAAAGCUCGGUGCAUUGAUGUCCUUCAGCACUUUGUCCGUGGUUUCCAAGAGCGGAGAGCACAAGUCACCGAGGAAGUUAUUAACGCAUUCAUGGACCCAUCGAGGAAAAUUGACCCUACCCCCCGCAAAGCAGCCUCAUAA